UGUUCCGGAUUAUGACUUCAUUUAUUAAAACCAUUCAACUUUGUUAUCCGUUAUUGUGAAAGGGAAUUUAAAAGUAUGUCAACCAUUAUGUAAGAUUAUUGUCGUAAAAAAUAAAGAAAAAGGACUGGAUUUAUUAGAUAACAAUUUAGUCCUAGAGCGAUGUAACUUUUAAUUAGAACUUGUUUAAAGUUACGGAUUAAAAAUGAACAAAUACGUGGUUGGAACUACCAAGAAUCCAGCUAGACUUAGACAAAGAAGAGCCAUACAGAUGGCACCUUUGGAAAGACUUCAACAGAAGAAAAAAGUCUCCUUUAAAAUGAGAGAGUGCGUUAUGGAAGAUAUCCAUGUUGUUGAAGAAUGUCGCGAAAUGUUCAGAAAGGAAAUAUAUGUUCUCGGACAGGAGAUACUAAAAUUUAGAGAAAUGUGUGAAAAAGAGCUUCAAAAAUAUAAAAUAAGAAUACAAAAAGAAUUACAUCAAAGCAUGGCUGAUGCUGAUAUAGAGCAAGCAAGAAAAGAUGGUACAGAAACACCUGUCAAGGCACCAGAUAUUGAAACAAAAGACGAGAUGAACGGAGUGUUGCAUAAAGAUCCAACAGCAGUAACAAAAAUGUGGCACGACAAAUUAAAUAGUUUACAGGAAGACAUGGACAUUCUAGCAAAACGUCAAAGCCAGAUAGAUAGAGAGAACGUGUUAGCAGACCAAGAAGAAAGUUUAUCAGAAAGAAAAACCGAAUUGGAGAAUUAUGAAAAAGAGAUGGAUGAAAUUGAGUCUGGCUUAGAUAGAAGACAAGAAAUGUGCCAAAAGAGACAGAAGGAUCUACUAUCGCUAGACGAGGAAUUGGAUAGAUUAAAGCAAGAACUAGAAAAGAAAAAAGAAGGCCUUGAUCUACUUGGUGUCGAUUCUAGUGAACUUAAAAAUCGAGAUAGGCGAAAUUGUACUCCUGAAAGUCUCGAGCAGGAACACGUUCGAAAUAAUUUAUUACAAAAACAGUCAUUUCUCCAGAAAAAGGUUGACCAAUACAGAACAGAAUUAGCAACAUUAAAAGCAUCUUGUACAGCAAAAGAUAUUUCUAUAUCGAAACUUCAGUAUCAGGUAACAGAACUGAAAGAUACUGUAGCAGAAAGGGAUGCAAAAAUAGAAAAGCUAAAUACGCAAUUGAGUUUUAUGAUAGAGGAGGCUAAUAUCAAAGAAAGAAAAACAAAACCACUGCCGCGCCAGAACUCUUUUGCAAAAAUGUUUAACAAACAAAAAUCUAUUCAAAGACAAAAUUCUUUUGAAAGUGAAGACAGAGACAAAGUUAGUAGUAGUUUACCUAAAAAUAUAAAUUCUACUAGGACAUCAGUGAAACAUCCUAUGCGACGAAGUAUAGAUGUGACUAAUUCCGCAAAUGGAUUCCAGAUGGGGAUAAAACCACCUUCAGCAGACGAAAGUAGAGCAUGUAUAGUCAUGUGAUUAUACUUAAAAUUAACACUCAGGAACGGAGCAAAUUAGAUGGAUGGAUGGGUGGUUAUUUAAAGUCCUUCAAAGGCAAAUUGGCAUUUUAAUAAAAUAAAAUGAGAAAAUUUUGUUUUGUAUUUGAAAAAUAUCAACAUUGUUAUACUGCAUGAUUCUAUAUUUUUAAUUUUUUUAAAGACUUAGGGCCAAUUUGUCGUGAUUGUUUUUCAUUCGAUAAGAUAGGUAAUCAUGUUUUAAGUAGCCAGAUAGAAGCUAAUUAUAGCAUACGAAAUAGGUCACAUCAUCUAUUUUCAUACCUUAAACAGGCAUUCCUACAAAAACAAGGCCAAGACUAUUUAUUUUAUUUUUAACAUCCUUUAUGCAAGGUACUAUACCACGUAACUUGCCAAGAAGCCAAAUACUGUCGAUCAAAUUCAAAUCGUGUUUUUCUCAUUCUCAAUAUUUGUGUAUCUGUACUUGUCCUGCUCUUUUAAGGUUUUAUUGUCUAUAAGAUAAGAUAUGAUAAUACAUGUAUAUAAUUUACCCGGAGAACGUCUGACAUCAGUUCACCCUGUGUUACUAACAUAUGUUAAAAUGCAUUUUAACAAAUCGGUCCUUCGUUGUGAUACAGAUGCAACAGCUUCUUGAUGUUUUACCUACAAUUACGAUAAGACUUUCAUCCUUUUUUGGGGUUAAAUUAACUAUUGAUCACACAUAUCAUAAUAUAUGUAAAU